UAUGAAUGUAGUAGUAUGAAAAGCUGCCACUAUAUUUUGCAGAUCUCAAGAAAUUUCAUCAUGAAUUCCAUGUCAGGGAUUUUUGAAAAAGAGCAAAAAAAGAAAAAAAGCCAGAAGAAAAACAUAAAAGAAUUUAGAAAGAAAAAGAAAUCCGAUGCUUCAUUAGAAUCACAUAAAGAUAUUUCUAAACCCUUAAAACGUAAAGAAUCCAAAUUUGAAGAAGAUGUUGUUUUAGUAAAGCCAAAAAAAUUGCAUAGUAUGAAAAAGAAAUUGGUUUCUGAAUUAAAGGAAGCCCAAGGAAUCUUGGGUGCUACAAGACCUCCUGAUGAAAAAGAAAAAGAAUUACAGGAACUUCUUUUUGGCUGCAAUCCAGAAGAUCUUGAAGAAGAGCAUAGUGAUAAUAAAUCAGAUUUGGAGGAACCAGUUGUUGAAGAAACUGAAAAAGAUAAGAAAAAAUUAGCUGCUUGGGAAGAUGAAGAUGAUGAAACUUUAUUAGUUGAAGAAAAAGCGAAAUCUCUUAAAAAUGUCCAUCGAAGUAUUACAGUUCGAGGAGAUGAAAAAUAUUCUAAUUUUGUUCAAGAGAAAUUCAUCAAGAUAAUGGGUAAUCCCAAAUGGGCUGAACAAGAUAAUAAAAGUAAAGAUUCAGGUGAUGAAAGUGAAGAUGAACUUCUUCAGAAGACUGGAAAUUUUGUGAAACAAUCUGAAUUUCUGCCUAAAGGAACCAUAAAUAUACGAAAAACUCCCAGUCUAGUGGAUCCUAAUAUGAAAGCAUCCAUGAUAAAAAGUGUUGAAUUUCAUCCAACUUCAAGAGUAGCUGUUGUUGCAACUGUAAAUGGCACUGCAAAUUUAUUUCAAAUAGAUGGAAAAAUAAAUGCAAAAAUUCAGUCUAUAUAUUUCGAAAAUUUCCCUGUUCAUACUGCUCAUUUCAGUGUUGAUGGAACUGAAGUAAUUGUGGGUUCUAAUAAAUUUGUACAUUUCUUCUCUUAUGAUAUGCUUGCUGGAAAAAUAAGUAGGAUUCCAUGGCAAAAAGGAAUGGAGCAAAGAAAUAUUCGUAGGUUUCAAAUGUCGCCUGAUGGCAAAUACAUUGUAAUUCAUGGAAGAUAUGGCAACAUUCAUCUUAUGAGUUCCAAGUCAAAGGAAUGGAUAGGCAGUUUGAAAAUGAAUGGUGAAGUUAUUGCUACUACUUUCAACAAUGAUGGCUCAAAAAUGUAUUCCCAUGGUGAUACUGGAGAAGUAUAUGUUUGGGACAUGUCAAACCGAAAGUGUAUCCAUAAGUUCGAGGAUGAAGGUUGCAUCACUGGUACAGCUAUUACAGUUUCACCUAAUGAUCAGUUUUUAGCAACUGGGUCUGACAGUGGAGUUGUAAAUAUUUAUGAUAAUAGUACAAUUUAUAAUAACCCUUCACCACAACCUAUGAAAAUUUUAUUAAAUCUUACGACUGAAAUUACUAACUUGAAGUUUAAUUCCACAUCAGAAAUUCUGGCCAUGUCUUCAUCAUUUAAGGCAGAAGCUCUUAAACUGGUCCAUUUUCCUAGUAUGACUGUAUUUUCUAAUUUUCCUGUGAGAGGGGAAUUCAUUAAGAAUCCUAAUUCAUUAGAUAUCUCUGUCAACAGUGGGUAUAUGUGUAUAGGAAAUAAUGUAGGCACAGCAUAUAUAUAUAGGUUAAAGCACUACAAGAAUUACUGAGAUUUUGUACAAUGUAAAUAUUUUGUAAUAAAUUUUUUUAUAUAA